UUUAUUCAUUGAAUCGAUUUGAGUGUGCACAUCGAAGUGUGCACGCGGUGGAAAAGAAAAAAAAAAAAAAAAAAAUUAAAAAGGACAGCUUUUACGGAAAGUAUAACUCUGUAAAAGGCUCCUUUUGUAUAAUGUCUUUUCAGGCAACAAUUUCAAUAACAUAUUUGUGCUUUUCUUUCGAAUUUGUAAUUUAAUUAUUAUUAAAACAAUGAACGAAAGUUAACGAAUAACUUUUUGCACGAAGGUUAAUGGAUUUUUCUUGUUUUGCUCUAUUAAAGUAAUUUACCAAUUUGUUGUCAUAAUUUCUUUAAUAAAAGCUAUCUUCAUAUAAUCAUGAAUCGCAUGUUACCAGAUAACGGAUUGCCCGAUGACACGAUUCUUCGUGAAGGAGUAAUUUAUAUAAUCGCUCCGUCGUCAUUUUUUUAAUCGAUCUUGCGACAUUAUAAUAUAUGCAACGUAUGUCAAAGGUCACGUAAAUUCACUCAGUAUCUGUAUAAUUCUUAGAAUCAUACUGUAGAACUUGCCUACUAGGGAUUUGAUAUGAGCUUUCCAGACAAUUGCUUUAAAUAACUAAGCUAUUCGGGUCCUUGGGGGCAACCUGCUUACGAAUGCCUACUUAAAUUAGAAGAAUGGAGACACGAGACUGGUUCCCACAUUACGAGUACUUUCAUAUUAAACAAACGAUGUAUACAUACAUGAGAUAUUUUUAUAAAAAUUUGCAAAUAAAGAGAGAAAUAGGAAACAAUGGCAGAAAAAAUGUAUUAUUGGAACGGGGAGAAGAAUCAAAGUGAUUCUGAUCAGACUUUCAUAGAAUUUAAAGCAAAGUCUGGGCCAACGGCAGGGAAGAUGAAGAAAGAGGAAUCGCAUGCUGUUUCGAAAACUUCAUCGUCCGCUACUCAAGGAAGAUCAACGGAUUUUGUGAGUCGCGAAGAAGAUGCAGAGCGCGGAGGUUGGGACAAUAAAUUAGACUUUCUCUUCUCAUGCAUCAGCGUUUCCGUCGGCCUAGGAAACGUCUGGAGGUUUCCUUACCUUUGCUACAAGAACGGCGGUGGUGCAUUUCUUAUCACUUACGGUAUCGCUAUGCUAUUCUGUGGGAUUCCAAUAUUUUUUCAAGAAGUCGCCAUUGGACAGUACCUUGGAGCUGGUGGAAUGACUCUUGUUAGUCAACUGUGUCCCUUGUUACAAGGUGUAGGAUAUGCCACGAUGACUAUUGUUUUUUUUCUUGACAUAUAUUACUGCAUAAUUAUUGCCUGGACUCUCUUUUAUCUUAUAAGCACCUUCAUUAAUUUACCUGGUGUCCCUUGGAGUAGUUGUGGACAUUGGUGGAAUACAAAGAAUUGUUUUGAUGCGUCGGUAGAAAGUAAGAUCGGUCAAAAUGAUAAAAAUGAUACCAUGAACAUGACUUAUCAUCACACCACACCUGUAGAAGAAUUUUACGAACGGCGGGUGCUUGGAGUUACAUCCGGUAUCGAAAACAUCGGUGGAAUCCAAUGGGAACUCCUGGGUUGUUUGAUAAUCGGCUGGCUACUCGUUUACUUUAUCAUCCGACGUGGCCUCCAUCAAAGCGGUAAGAUCAUCUGGUUUUCAGCCUUGUUCCCGUACGUGGUGCUUUUCAUUCUUUUGGGAAGAGCGGUGACCUUGGAGGGAUCCUACGAUGGUUUACUGUAUUACGUGACGCCAAGAUGGAAAGAAUUGUUAAGUCCCGGACCGUGGAUCGAUGGGACGACACAAAUUUUCUUCGCUUACAGUAUUGGAACCGGCGCCUUACCUGCCUUGGGAUCUUACAAUAGAUUUCAUCACAAUUGUUAUAGAGAUGCACUAAUUACUUGCGUAGUCAACACCCUAACUUGUCUUCUGGCCGGGUGUCUGACAUUUUCGAUAUUGGGUCACAUCGCUUUGGAACAAGGUACUGAGGUGUCUGAGGUCGUCAAGAGCGGACCUGGCCUUGUGUUUCUCACGUAUCCUGAGGUCGUUCUAAAGCUUCCUGGCGCUCCGAUUUGGGCUAUUAUAUUCUUCGUCAUGCUUCUCAUUCUUGGAAUCGAUAGUGAAUUUUGCAUCGUCGAUUCGUUCAUCACCGGUAUCAUCGAUAAUUGGCCGGAUCUUCGCCCUCACCGAAGCAAAUUCACCAUCGUCAUUUGUAUCCUGAUGUUUUCCUUAGGGCUUCCUAUGGUGACAAAUGGUGGCGUUUAUAUAUUUCAAUUAAUGGAUUUCUAUUCGGCAAGUGGAAUGUCCAUUUUAUGGGUAUGCUUUUUCCAAACGAUAGCUAUAUCGUGGUUUUUCGGAGCACAAAAGUUUUGCGACUGUGUUCACCAGAUGAUGGGAAUACGAUUGAAUAAAUUUUGGUACAUCUGUUGGAUCUUCUUUGCGCCCGUGAUCAUGGCAUUUAUCUUCAUAUUUCAAUGCGUCCUAUAUAAACCAUUGAAAUAUGGGAACGAUUAUGAGUAUCCGAUAUGGGCGGAGAUCGUUGGUUUUUGCUUAAGUAUUUCAUCGAUGAUUUGGAUACCCCUUUAUGCGAUUUAUUACGUCUUUGUAACACCGGGAUCGAUUAAGGAGAACAUUUCGAAGGGACUGAAACCCAACAUAAUGUCUCAUUCGAAAUUACCCAAAGGAGAAAAAUCUACGGUAAUACCGAUGUCGGAAAGCAGUGCUGGCUUGAUAACGAAGAACAGUAGUUUUUUAAGUCAAACAUGAUCGAGACUGUAACAACUAUCGUUCUUAUGAUGAUGUUCUUAGAUCGAGAUUAGCGUUUAAGAGUGCAAUUUGUCGUUGAAAUUUGGUGAAAUGGCAAUGUAGCUGAUAUCUUUCUUUUAUAUGAUACAUUUAUUUAUCAAUUUUUUUCGGACGCUAUUUCGGUUAGCUUUUUUUUCUCCGAUUGUUUCAAUAUAUCUCUUGUUGAUAUCUUAUUAAUAUAGAAACGAACGAAGGGCUGUGCGAUUUAUAGGACAGAUAUUUCUUCUUUGAUUAAUUUAAUAUUCAAUAGCGUUGUGAUAAGUGUUGACAGGAAAUUAUGAAACGAGCAGUAUUUCUGACCAUGACAAAGGGAAUAGAUCGUUGAAAUAUGAAUUUCCAUUUAGUAUUUCCACUUAGUAUUUACGUAAUAAACGACGAUGAUACGCUGAUAUAAUACGAAUCUAACUCUUUUUAAUGCUUCCUAUAUUUUACGUGAAAAUCUUUUAUCUUUUAUUUUCCCAUAACGUUGUUAUGACGAUGAAAGAUGAUAUUUCUAGUAUUAAUAUAAAUUACUAUAUGAUAUUAUAAAGAAGUAAACGGUAUAAGUGUUUUAUUAUAGUUUUCUUAUCUACAUAAUGUAUAUCGAAUGGAACACAAGUAAUAAUAUUUGACACGAACAUCUGGUA